AUAAGCGUCUCAACAUAACAACUACACCGCCACAGCGCGCCUCCUGUUCAGCUCAGCCUCGUCACUGAAGUCACACUGGAGGAAAACAGGAGCACGGAGGCACAUGCGACCAUACCAGUGACGCAUCCACACCGAUAAAACAAGGCUGCAUAAGGUUGUGACGCAAGGACAGCUUUUUAAAACUUUUUAUUGUAUUGUUAGACAGCCUGCUGGAUUUGAUUUAGCAGACAUGGGGAGCAAGACUCUGCCAGCACCAGUUCCUCUCCACCCAUCACUUCAGUUGGCCAACUGUUCCCUCAUCCAGAGUUCAACAGGUCUUCAGCUGCCUGCAGAUCAUUUUCACAGCAUCUACAGCUUUAGCGCCCUGCACGCCGUCCACCUUCACCAGUGGACUCUGGGGUACCCAGCUUUUGCCCUGCCCCGCUGCACCAUCUCUAAGCUGCCUUCCCAGAUUUCCUGUAUGGCAUCCAUCCCCAUUUUCCCUCACCUUCUGCCACCUAAGCAAGACUCGGCAGGGUUGCUACAGACCUUCAAAAACAAGCCUCGCUUUGACUUUGCCAACCUGGCAGCAGCAGCAACCAAAGAGGAUCAGUUAGAGGUGGAGGACCUGAGCAUGACAGUGAGCGCUAGUGCUUCUGCAGCGCAGGCAUCAUCUCCACACCUGACCGCAGCCAGCCUGGGAUGCAUGCUUGAUGUGACCAAACUUAAUUCAGCAGAGCGCAAGUCUAGUCGAGGCCGACUGCCUUCAAAGACCAAGAAAGAAUUUGUUUGCAAGUUCUGUGCCCGACAUUUUACCAAAUCCUACAACCUUUUGAUCCACGAGAGGACACACACAGAUGAGAGGCCAUAUACAUGUGAUAUCUGUCACAAGGCCUUCAGGAGACAGGACCACCUCAGGGACCACAGGUACAUCCAUUCUAAAGAAAAGCCCUUUAAAUGUCAGGAGUGUGGAAAGGGCUUCUGUCAGUCCAGGACUCUGGCCGUCCACAAAACAUUACACAUGCAGAUCAAGGAACUGAAGCCAGCCAAGAUCAAGUGAUUCACUCAACAGGGACCAGGGCACUGAACGAAGACCAAAGAAAACAUGAGUAAAAAAAAACAAAACAAAAAAACCCCAAGACUUUAAUCUCAGAACUUAAGAUAAUGUUUAAGAAAGAAACAUUUCACCAACCAUUUCUUACAGAAAUAAAGGAGUAGUGGAUAAAUGUAUACUUACUGAUCAAGCCUGACUUGGAAGAGAAACCAGUGGAUGUGUAGAAACAAAUUUAUCUCCCGUUGAAUAUCACAUUCCCAUGCUAUUUUUUUACAGAAAUAUUAUAUCAAAACAUAUUUUUGCACUUU